GUAAGAGGGCCCAGGUUGGGAGGCGGCACACCUAGGGGGGAAGCCGAGAGAGCAGGACCGAACCAUGGACCCUGCCGGGAAAGCAGGCGCUGGGGCAGUGAUCUGGACUACAGGCUGGCUGCUGCUGCUACCGCUGCUGCUUGCAGAAGGAGCGCAGGCCCUGGAGUGCUACAGCUGCGUGCAGAAAGCAGAUGACGGAUGCUCUCCGCAGAAGAUGAAGACGGUGAAGUGCGCGCCGGGCGUGCAAGUCUGCACAGAGGCCGUCGGGGCGGUGGAAACUAUCCACGGGCAAUUCUCGGUGGCUGUGCGGGGCUGCGGUUCGGGCCUCCCCGGCAAGAAUGACCGCGGACUGGACCUUUACGGGCUCCUGGCCUUCAUCCAGCUGCAGCAGUGCUCCCAGGACCGCUGCAAUGCCAAGCUCAACCUCACCUCGCGAGGGCUCAACCCCGCAGGCAAUGAGAGUGCCUACGGCCCCAACGGCGUCGAGUGCUACAGCUGCGUGGGGCUGAGCCGCGAGGCGUGCCAGGGAACGGCGCCGCCCGUCGUGAGGUGCUACAACGCCAGCGACCACGUCUACAAGGGCUGUUUCGACGGCAACGUCACCUUGACGGCAGCUAAUGUGACUGUGUCCUUGCCUGUCCGGGGCUGCGUCCAGGAUGAGUUCUGCACCCGGGAUUCCGUGACAGGCCCCGGGUUCACGCUCAGCGGCUCCUGCUGCCAGGGGUCCCGUUGUAACUCGGACCUCCGCAACAAGACCUACUUCUCCCCCCGAUUCCCACCCCUCGUCCUGCUGCCCCCUCCUCCGUCCACCACUCUGGCCCCAACCACUUCUGUCACUACUUCCACCCCGGCCCCAACCACCUUCACCUCCACCUCCAAACCCACCCCAGCUCGGACCAGCCAGAUUCCACAAAAGGUUGAAACUGAAAACUCCCAGGAAACAGAAUCUAGCUUGGUUGGAGGUGCUGGUGGCCACCAGGACCGUAGAAAUAUGGGGCAGUAUCCUACCAAAAAUGAGCCUCAUUAUAAUAAUAAAGGCUCUGCCGCUCCCUCUGCGGGGUUGGCGGCUUUUCUGUUGGCUGCAGCUGUUGGUACCCUACUAUGAGCUUCUCCACCUCUUGCCCCACUUCCUUGGCUCAGGGUACUGUCUCUUCCCAUUACUCCCUUUCCCACCCCUGGACUGGGCUGGCCCAGCCCCUGUUCUCCCAGUCUCCCCCGGACUCCCAGCUUCUGCUGCACUGGUUUGCGGCUUCGGGACAAAGUUACCGUUGUAUAUAUAUAUAUCCUGCCAGGGUGUUCUAGUGUUUUGAGGGCAGCAAUGGUAUCUCCCUCAUCUUAGUCUCUCCCUGGUCUCCUCGUGGUGCCUAGGACAGAGGGAGGUCAGAGCUGGCCCAGGGAAGGUGGAGGAGACAAGGAUAAGCUUCCUGUUCGCUGUCUCACAGCCAACCUGGAAAAGGGGGGGGCGGGUGGUGGCAGAAUGGCUCCCUCUUCUGAUGGUUCUGCCCCCACCCCUCCAUCCUUGUGGGAAUCAUUUUGGCGCCUUUGUCUUCUUUUCCAGAUUGUGAGCUCCUCAAGGGCAGGGACCUGUGCCUUAUGCCUUGGUGUGGUCAGUGUCUGGCACAGAAAGGCUUCAAUAAAAGUUUAAUUACUUUG